CGCACCGCACCGACCGCACUAACCAUACUCGUCUCGCUCUCCAUUGGCCUCCUCGUCCUCGUCUCCCCCGGGAAGCAGAGCACCGUCGACCAUGGCGGGCCGGGCUGCCAUGUCCGCCGCCGUGGCCCUGGCGCUGGCGCUGCUGGCGGCCGCGGACUCGUGGCUGUACGAGGAGUUCGCCACGGAGGGCAACGUGCGCGCGGGCUACGACGCGCGGGGGCAGCAGGUGGCGUCGCUCCUCCUCUACCGCCAGUCCGGCGCCGCCUUCCGCUCCAGGCGCAGCUACCUCUACGGCCAGUUCAGCGUCCAGAUCAAGCUCAUCCCCGGCAACUCCGCCGGCACCGUCGCCUCCUUCUACCUCUCGUCGGGCGACGGCCCCGGGCAUGACGAGAUCGACAUGGAGUUCAUGGGCAACAGCACCGGUCAACCCGUGGUGCUCAACACCAACGUGUGGGCCAACGGCGAUGGCAAGAAGGAGCAGCAGUUCUACCUCUGGUUCGACCCGGCCGCCGACUACCACACCUACACCAUCAUCUGGAACGACCGAAACAUCAUCUUCAAGGUGGACGACCUCUUCCUCCGCUCCUUCAAGCGCUACGCCGACCUGCCCUACCCGGGCGGGCAGCCCAUGUCGGUGCACGCCACGCUCUGGGACGGCAGCUACUGGGCGACGGAGCAGGGCAAGGUGAAGGUGGACUGGUCCGCCGCGCCCUUCGUCGUCUCCUACCGCGGCUACUCCGCGGACGCCUGCGUGCCCGCCGGCGACGGCCGCCCGCUCUCCUGCCCCGCCGGCACCGACCGCUGGAUGAAGCGCCAGCCCAGCGCCGCCGAGCAGGGCACCGUCGCCUGGGCCAGGAGGAACUACAUGCACUACGACUACUGCCAGGACGGCUGGCGGUUCCCGCAGGGAUUCCCCGCCGAAUGCUCCCGCAACUGAUGACCGACUGAUUCGUCGCCGUCGUCCACUGAUGAUUCCCGGACGUACCGAUUGUUCUAGUUUACCUGUGGUUUCUUGGCUCACCACUGAUGAUCUGCCAUUUUGCCUCCCAUUCCCAUGUACUGCUGUUCUUGAUCUCCUACCGGCAGUCCGGCACCUGCACAUGGUGUCAGUCUCGACCAGGUACAAACGAAGCAUAAACUAUACCGUGAGAUAGAAAAAUCACAUACGACCUGGAUCGUAGGCAGCCAAUGUGGAGGCCCUGUUCUGUAUGCGACAGCUGGCAAAACCGAAUCUCAAAGGAGCGUCCUUUCCAUU